AUCAAAACAGACAAACUAUAAAAUGAAAUAUAUAUCGGAAAGUUUUGAUUAUAGAAUUAAAAGAAUUAGUGGUUAAUAAGUAGAUUAAAAGGAAUAAAGUUGAAGAAUUGGAAUAAAAUUAGAAUAUAGUUGUGUCUAAUUGAAUUUUUUAUAAGAGAAAAGAAGAGAAAAGAAGAGAAAUGUUAACAGUCAAGUCAAUUAAGUCAUUUAAUGAUAAUAAUCAUAAAGACAUUCCUUUACAUAUGAGAAUAAGACGAAGAGGAUCAAAUAGAUAUCAGGGAGGUGAAUUGAAGUUUAAACCAUAUCCUUCGCCUUCGUGUUCAUUAUCAGGAAGAGAAUUAUCAUUAGAUAAGAUGAAAAAAGAAACACGGAAAGUAAGCGAGGUGAUUUUGAAUGAUAUAAAAUGUGAACAUUGUGGUAAAGGAUAUAAACAUAUUAGUUGUCUUACAAAGCAUCGAUGGGAGCACACUGUUUAUUUUAAUCCCAAACUUUCCAUUUCAAAACAUCAACAAGUACAAUUAUUAGAGGCUGCUUCUAUUUUAAUACAAAUGAAUCAAUCUAGUAAUUUAAAAUCAUUUCCUUUUGAUAUUUUAUUUAAAAAACAUGAUGGUUUUAUGGAUACUUUAAAUGAUUCUGAUGUUAAUAUGGAAGAAUGUGUUCCUGAGCAUCAUAUAGAAGAUAGUGUUGAUCAUUUAUUCUAGUUGGUUAAUGAAUAAUUUGCCUUGGAUAUCUUUCGCUUUUUUUGAAUCAAUUAUGUUUUAUAAUGUUUUUAUGUUCGAUAUGUCGAUCUUUUUUCUAUACAAAUUAAAUAUACGCAAUAACUUUCAAUAUAUAUCUAAUGGUAAAAUAUUCUUAUAGUGCUUAUUUUUUGAUAUAAAAUGUUUU